GUCCCACCAGGCGCCGCGCCGGAGCGCUUCUGUCUCGCGCAGCCUGUCGCUUUCCCGGACGCCGGCCGAGGGGCGCGAUGAAUCGGGAGGGCGGCGGCGCCGCUCCGGGGCGGCCGCGGGCGGGGGACGUGGCCUGUGCACCCUAGAUGCCUCCAGAGCAUGAGCUCAGGCAAGACCACCCGCUACAACCGCUUCUCUGGGGGCUCCCCCAGCCUUCCCGCUCCAGACCCUGCCACGGGGAAUGGAGACAACCUUUGGACCUGCUUUUUCAGCUGUCACCACCAUCACCAAGGGGCGGCCCAUGUCCUGCCUCCCUGACCAGCCUGGCAGGGCAGCUGAGGGAGCCCCCCUGGCCCCUGCCGACGGGUGGCCUGGCUCCCUCUCUCACAGCCGAUGGGACGAGCACGUAUAAGCAGCACCGCCGGACGCCGUCCUCCUCCAGCACGCUCGCCUACUCCUCGCGGGAUGAGGAAGACAGCAUGCCCCCCAUCAGCACUCCACGCCGCUCCGACUCGGCCAUCUCCGUCCGCUCCCUGCACUCCGAGUCCAGCAUGUCCCUGCGCUCCACGUUCUCACUGCCCGAGGAGGAGGAGGAGCCGGAGCCGCUGGUGUUCGCUGAGCAGCCCUCGGUGAAGCUCUGCUGCCAGCUCUGUUGCAGCGUGUUCAAGGACCCCGUGAUCACCACGUGUGGGCACACGUUCUGUAGAAGAUGCGCCUUGAAGUCAGAGAAGUGCCCCGUGGACAACGCCAAGCUGACAGUGGUGGUCAGCAACAUCGCGGUGGCGGAGCAGGUCGGCGAGCUCUUCAUCCACUGCAGGCACGGCUGCCGGGCUGUGGGCAGCGGGAAGCCCCCGGCCUUUGAGGUUGAUCCCCGCGGCUGCCCCUUCACCAUCAAGCUCAGCGCCCGCAAGGACCACGAGGGCAGCUGUGACUACAGGCCCGUGCGCUGCCCCAACAACCCCAGCUGCCCCCCGCUGCUCAAGAUGAACCUGGAGGCCCACCUUAAGGAGUGCGAGCACAUCAAGUGUCCCCACUCCAAGUACGGGUGCACGUUCAUCGGGAACCAGGACACGUACGAGACGCACCUGGAGGCGUGCCACUUCGAGGGCCUGAAGGAGUUCCUGCAGCAGACGGACGACCGCUUCCACGAGAUGCACGUGGCGCUGGCGCAGAAGGACCAGGAGAUUGCCUUCCUGCGCUCCAUGCUGGGCAAACUCUCUGAGAAGAUCGACCAGCUGGAGAAGAGCCUCGAGCUCAAGUUUGAUGUUCUGGAUGAGAACCAGAGCAAGCUCAGCGAGGACCUCAUGGAGUUCCGGCGGGAUGCGUCCAUGCUGAAUGACGAGCUGUCCCACAUCAACGCGCGGCUGAACACAGGCAUCCUGGGAUCCUAUGACCCUCAGCAGAUCUUCAAGUGCAAAGGGACCUUCGUGGGGCACCAGGGCCCUGUCUGGUGCCUCUGUGUCUACUCCAUGGGCGACUUGCUCUUCAGCGGCUCUUCAGACAAGACCAUCAAGGUGUGGGACACGUGCACCACCUACAAGUGCCAGAAGACGCUGGAGGGCCACGACGGCAUCGUGCUGGCACUCUGCAUCCAGGGGUGCAGGCUGUACAGCGGCUCUGCAGACUGCACCAUCAUCGUGUGGGAUGUCCAGAACCUGCAGAAAGUGACCACGAUCCGGGCUCACGACAACCCCGUGUGCACGCUGGUCUCCUCACACAACAUGCUCUUCAGCGGCUCCCUGAAGGCCAUCAAGGUCUGGGACAUCGUGGGCACUGAGCUCAAGCUGAAGAAGGAGCUCACUGGCCUCAACCACUGGGUGCGGGCCCUGGUAGCAGCCCAGAGCUACCUGUACAGCGGCUCCUACCAGACAAUCAAGAUCUGGGACAUCCGGACCCUCGACUGCGUACACGUCCUGCAGACGUCAGGUGGCAGUGUGUACUCCAUCGCUGUGACGAACCACCACAUCGUCUGCGGCACUUACGAGAACCUCAUCCACGUAUGGGACAUCGAGUCCAAGGAGCAGGUGCGGACGCUGACGGGCCACGUGGGCACCGUGUACGCCCUGGCAGUCAUCUCGACGCCGGACCAGACGAAGGUGUUCAGCGCGUCCUACGACCGGUCACUCAGGGUGUGGAGCAUGGACAACAUGAUCUGCACCCAGACUCUGCUGCGCCACCAGGGCAGCGUCACAGCCCUGGCCGUGUCCCGGGGCCGGCUCUUCUCGGGGGCCGUGGACAGCACAGUAAAGGUUUGGACGUGCUGACCGAGACUGCAGGCUGGGCCGGGGCUCUCGGGGCCUGUCUGAGCCAGGCUGGCCCCCUGGGCGGUCAGGGGAAUGGGCAGGAAAGCUGGGCGGUGCCCUCCAGGGACCCCCUCGGUGAGCUUCCCCUCUGCUGCCAGGACAAGGGCAGCCCCUCGCUCUGGGGGGCCAGGUACGAUGCUCGCUUGGCCCACCCCGUCCCACCCUGUCCCACCCCAGAUGGACUGUGGGCCUUUUUACUCACAUUUUCUACUGUUUUUAGACUGUAUAUAAGUUUAUUUCCAGAUUGAAAUAAAAGCUGUGUGGACUGUG